AUGGUACAUGUGGACAGCCGCACACAGAUCCUACCUCUCCCUCUCCUGAGACUGAUUGUGGUUUUCGUAUUACCUAAUGAGCUUAUCAUUUCCUGUACUAGUUGUAACACAGCUAAAUAUUUUCUAGGUUACCUAACCAAACUUCUGCAAAAUCACACUGCCUACGCCUGCGAUGGGGAGCGUUUGAGUCUGCACUGUCCUCGGCAUUCAACAAUAAGUGUUCAGUCAGCGUUUUACGGGCAAGACUACCAGAUGUGUAGUACCCAGCAGCCUGAAACCAGGAUGACAGAACCCAUAAACUGUGUGGCACCCACCUCUUUGCAGAAAGUACUGGAUGAAUGCCAAAACCUGAGAUCCUGCCAACUCCUUGUCAAUAGUCGGGUUUUUGGACCUGAUCUAUGUCCAGGAACCACUAAAUUCCUCCUUGUCUCCUUUAAAUGCAAACCUACUGAAUACAAAACCAAAUCAGCAUGUGAAAACCAGGAACUGAAACUCCACUGUCAGGAGUCAAAGUUCCUUAUCAUCUACUCCGCCACCUAUGGCAGAUCGGCACAGGAAGAGAACAUCUGCUCGACAGAAAUGGAGCGCGUCCCCCCCUUCGACUGUUUAUCUUACACAGCCUUGGAAGUGUUAUCAAAAAGGUGUUACGGGAAACAGAGAUGUAAAAUUAUUGUCACUAGCCAGGAUUUUGGAAGUCCAUGCCUACCUGGAGUGAAAAAAUACCUUAACGUCAGCUAUGCAUGUGUUCCUAAAUUCAUCCUUACAGCUGUCGACCCACUGGUCGCUGAUAGCAAGCCCUCCGUGAAACAGAACGGUGUUGUCACAGGUAUCGACUUUGACCCGAGGGAGUCACGACUUCCAAAGAAAGAAGGAAUUAUCGUUAGCAACUCCUUGGCCACAUUUGCAUACAUUAGAGAUCACCCUGAAAGAGCCGCUCUACUGUUUGUGUCCAGUGUUUGUGUGGGUUUAAUCUUCACGCUGUGUGCUUUGGUGAUCCGUGUGUCAUGCUCUAAUGACUUCCAGAAAUUGCACGGAAAGAAAGAUCACUUAGUGCCAGAAAGUGAUGGAGCAUACGAGAAGAGUGAAAAUGAGGAGGAGGAAAAUGAGGAGGAGGAGGAGGAGGAGGAGGAGGAGGAGGAGGAGGAUUCCUCCGAAUCAGACUUUCCGGAUGAGAUAGCAGGACUUUACAGACCUUCUUACUCAGGUUAUAAUUCAACAGAAGCCGCAGAGCUCGCUGAGAGGAUAGAGCGCAGAGAACAGAUCAUACAAGAAAUUUGGAUGAACAGUGGUCUGGAUAUGACACCUCCUAGAAAUAUGAACACAUUUUAUAUUAAUGAACAAUAAAUGGCUUAUUUUGGAUGGCUCCCUAGCCCUUUUUUUUUAAAAAAAAUGUACCUUCUGUGAAGGAACAUUUGUAUCAGGACAUAUAAUUAUUUGUAAAGUAAGGAGAAAUAUAUUCAAUAAAAGGAGAGUU